AUGGAAAAGAAGGUAGAUGAUAGACAGGAGGAGCAAACGAUCCCUUUGCUGACUCCCUAUCAAAUGGGACCUUUCCAGCUCUCUCACAGAAUUGUUUUGGCACCUUUGACAAGACAGAGAUCUUACAACGAUAUUCCACAGCCUCAUGCUAUUUUGUACUACUCUCAGAGAACCACGAAAGGUGGUUUGCUCAUAGCAGAAGCCACUGUAGUCUCUGACACAGGCCGAGGCUAUCCAAUGACACCUGGAAUAUGGACUAAGGAACAAAUUGAGGCUUGGAAACCAAUAGUAGACGCAGUUCAUGCCAAAGGUGGUAUAUUUUUCUGCCAACUUUGGCAUGGUGGACGGGUUUCAAACAAUGAUUUUCAACCCAACGGACAAGCUCCAAUAUCAUCUACAGACAAGCUGUUAGCUCCCCAAGUUCGAACAAAUGGUAUUGAUGUUGCAGAAUUUUCACCUCCUCGAAGGUUAAGGACAGAAGAAAUUCCUCAGGUUGUCAAUGAUUUUAGACUUGCUGCUUUGAGUGCUAUUGAAGCUGGAUUUGAUGGGGUUGAAAUCCAUGGAGCUCAUGGUUAUCUAAUAGACCAGUUUUCGAAGGGCCAAGUCAAUGACCGAACAGAUGAAUAUGGAGGAUCUUUGGAGAACCGCUGCAGAUUUGCUUUGGAAAUAGUUGAAGCCGUGUCAGAUGCAAUAGGAGCCGAUAGAGUUGGUAUAAGACUUUCGCCCUUUGCGAAUUACAAUGGAGCAAGCGAUUCAAAUCCGAAAGCACUAGGUCUGCAUAUGGCUGAAGCCUUGAAUAAGUAUGGAAUUCUGUACUUGCACAUGGUUGAGCCAAGGAUGAUAAAAGUUGGAGAAAAAUUUGAAUGUGCCGAUAGUCUUCUGCCAAUGAGAAAGGCAUUCAAAGGUACUUUCAUUGCUGCUGGUGGUUAUCAAAGGGAAGAUGGAAACAAAGCUGUGGCAGAAAAUCAUGCUGAUCUUAUUGCAUAUGGGCGUAUAUUCUUAGCCAAUCCUGAUUUACCCAAGAGAUUUGAGUUAAAUACUCCCCUGAACAAGUAUAAUCGAGCUACAUUCUAUAUACCUGAUCCAGUUGUGGGUUAUACUGACUAUCCAUUUCUUGAAACAAAUGCAUGA